AUGCAGGAGCAAGACCUUCUUCAGCAGCUCGGUAACACGGCAUUCGCCUGCUCAUCUCUCACACGUGUGAGCAGUGGCAGCGCCAACUAUGUCUAUCGAGGCAUUCUUAUCCACGCCAUGCCCACCAGAGACGAUGCUUGGGAUAUGGAGAGUGUUAUCGUGAAAUAUUCACUUGGUCAUGUACCAGGAAAUGCUGGGUUCAAACUCGACUUAUCACGCUGCUCUGUCGAGAAUACCCUACUGGAGUACUUGAAUCAGUCAUCACUGGUGACUAUGGAAGUCAAGACCCCUGUUACUUAUUUUCUAGAUCUCAAUGCUCAUAGAGGUAUUGCGCUGAGUGGCUUGUGGAUGAACUAUCAGGCAUUGUCCACCAGUCAAGAGGUUGGAAACUGGCUGCGUCACUUCCAUGAAUGGGCCUCAGAACCUCAACAAACAGACUUCCGAAGCAAGGUUGGCUGCAACGAGCCCAUGCAAAGACUCAAGCACAAGGUUACCUACGGUACACUCAUCGAAAUCUUGAAGAACUUUCCCGGUAUCAUGGGAAAGAACAUCAGGGCUCUGGAAAGGGUCAAAGAGCGAGCGGAACUCGAGCUUCAUGAUCUGACUAGCGGUAGGGGAGGACCAGAUCGAGGUAUGAUCCAUGGAGAUUGCUGGAUGGGAAAUAUUAUACUGACAGAAUACCCUCCUGCUCCAAUCGGUCGUGACACCGCUAGAGACAUCAUCUUGAUUGACUGGGAAAUGUGCCAAUUUGGCCAUCAGGUGUACGACUUGGGACAUAUGAUAGGCGAUCUGUAUGAGGCGCAUCAUUUCCACGGCUCGAAUAUCGCUUUGACGAUGAUCAGAGGUUUCAUUGACGGUUAUGGGGAGAUUGGCGACGAAAUGGCUUUCCGAACGGCUAUUCACACUGGCGUGCAGCUUCUGAGCUGGUAUAAUCGUCGUGCCCCAUCAGAUGCCAUGAAAGAGACCGAAGAACAGAUUUUGAGUGCAGCAAAGAUCUCGACGCACUUGAUUGUUGGCGGCUGGGAGAGGGAAAAGCAGUGGUUUCAAGGUACACCCUUGGCACCUUUGUUCCAUCCCGCUAAUAGUUAG